UGGGUUCAAUUUUUUAGUUUGUUUUGUGUUGUAUGUGAAAAUAUUGGAUUUACUUAUUUAUUUUUGUUGGGACUCAUUUUGUUUUGUAAAUUUGGGUCUUUCUUCCUCCUCUGGGGUGUGUGUAUUGUGCAUGCUUGUUGGAGUGACAAGGUAGAGUUUUGAUGCACAUAAUAUGAGAAAACGAAAUGGGUCUGCUGCUAUGAGGGGGAAAAAAAAGUGAGUUCUGACAUGGUUAUUGUGCUGUUUAGUUAUCGUGGGAAUGUCAAAUAAUGUAGCGUUUGUUCUUUUGACAUUUGAGUCCAUCAUUAGAGUGUCACGUCACAUCCAUGUUCACUUUGCUGGGUUUUAGUUUCUGUUAAAUUGAGAUUACUAAUUCACGUGGUUUUGUGAUUUUGGAAAGAUUUGUGUGUCCUUCCAUUAAAUUUGAAGUCUCUGGUGUGUUUCUUUAAGAUAAGGAUAACUUGUGCCUCUAUGGACACCCGAAUGAGGCCUGGGAGGUAACUCUGCCGGCCGAGGAAGUUCCGCCAGAGCUCCCUGAGCCAGCUCUUGGAAUCAAUUUUGCUAGGGAUGGCAUGAACCGCAGGGAUUGGCUUUCUCUGGUUGCUGUGCAUAGUGAUUCUUGGUUGCUCUCUGUAUCCUUCUACCUUGGAGCUCGUCUUAAUCGCAAUGAAAGGAAACGGUUAUUUAGUUUGAUCAAUGAUCUUCCAUCCGUUUUUGAAGUUGUGACUGACAGGAAGCCAGUUAAGGACAAGCCAACUGUGGACAGUGGAAGCAAAUCUCGGGGAAGCACCAAGGUUAGUGUAUUUCUUUUCUUGUGACAAUUGUUUCUCAGU